CCACCCUGCUUUGUGCUCCUCGGCACGCCCUUUUUUCUUGUGCCCAUGAUAGCCCCGGCAGCGCUUGUUCCACAGCACACGCCGGUACCACUCGAAGCAGCAACAGCAGCAACAGCAGCAACAGCAGCAACAGCAGCCAUGUUGGCUCCACGAGCAGGAUCAUGGGAGGAUGACGAACACCCACAGCCACAGGAGUGCUUCCUCCGCCGCAAUGAGAGUAGAUCAUUUGGCAUCUGCAUCGCCACCGCGCCCAUCAAACAGCGCGUGUCAAGCGCAAGCAGUAGCACCAUCAGUCUUGCCACAGGCAGUAGCGACCGCACUGCCCAUCGCCGCUCACAUUCCCGCCGGCCAAGCAACACGUCCAACCCGGACUUUCUUCAAAACCAGCAGCAACACCAGAAACAAAACCAACGGCAGCAGCAGCAGCAGCAGCAGCAGUUUGUGCAUAUCGUUGACAGCACGGGCCACGGUGGCCAGCUGCGACCCGUGUGUGCCACAGCGACACCACAGGCGGGCGAUGUCAUCACAAAGGUGAACGGCACCCCCGUUGGCAACAUCAACCAUGACGGCAUCAUCAACCUCGUGCGCGCCGCAGGCGACAUCUUGCACAUCACGUUGCUCCCGCUCGGCGUGAAGCAGGCUGUUGUCAGCAGCGCGCUCGCCGCCCACCGCCGCACCUCCAUUGCCAGCCACAGCACGGCACCGUCCACGCCGCUCGAGUGGCACCCGGACGCAAAGGACGAGGACCGCUUCUUCGCUUCCUCACAGCGGCAGCCGCUGGCGGUGGAGCAGAACCGCCAGCAAGGGAUGGGAGACAGCGAGGACGAGGCGAGACGCGCCGCUGCAGAUUUGCGGUCGCUGCACGUGUCCUCCAGGCGCCAGGAUCACGCCCCUCGCGGGGCCUGGGGACAGCAGCAGCAACAACAGCAACAACAACAGGAGCAACAGCAACAGCAGGGUUACUUGCGCCAGUACCACAGUCAGCGCCGCUUCUACCGCCGCCAUCGCAGCCAGCGACCACAGCAGCUGCAGCACCACCGACGCCAGGCCAUUCCACGCUCCGUGUCUGAGCAUUCAUCACACCGCUCAAGAAGCACAAGUGCACACGGGCGUCAGCAGCAGCAGCAGCAGCAGGACGGUGCCACGCCAAGGUUCCAUUACCGAGCCGCACACGGCGGCGGUGCUGUGAGCCUGGACCAGCCACCCAUGCAGCAGCAGCAGCCGCGACAGCAGCAGCUGCGCCAGGCACAGCCCGUGCACUUCUCCUCGCACCCAGGCCGCCCAAGUGGCACACGCGUGUCGGCGUCCUCGGCAAGCAAGCCAGGGGCUCGUGGUCCAAAGCUGGCAGUGUCUGCACCCACAGGCGUGUCUGCUUGGUCGUCCAUGCACCAACAACAGCAACAGCAACAACAGCAACAGCAACAGCAACGCGCUCCCUCAGCACCAUCCACACAGUAUCAAGGGCCACAGCCACAGCCACAUCAGCAGCCGCUGCCUGCGCUCUCCGUAGAGUUUUCAUGCCGCGGAUCGAAAGGAGCCAUUGUGUUGCGCGGGAAGGCGCUGAAAUCACUCCCAACUACAGAUCUGACGCAGAUGCUGCGCGCCGAGGACCUCUUGCAGGCCCACGCGUCGUACAGCGAGAACAACGUGCAGCCAGCGCAACCAAACUUGAUUCCCACAAGGACAAGGACGCUGAGCGCGACUUCGAGUGAUGGGGGCCCCAUCACCAUCACCACACGCGGUGGUAGCGUGCUCGGGUUCACUCGCGAGCCGUGUUUGGAGAUGGUGACAACAGCCAGCCGCUCGCAUGCCCUCUUCCUCGUCACCGUGUGUCGCACGCUCACCUGGCUCAACCAGCACGGAUUCCGCCUCGUGCGCGCGCCGCUGCUCACCACCAGCCUGCCUGCAGGCACAAGCACCCUAACCGCCAAGGCGGCGACCCUGUACUUGGAGCAGCUGCCCAAGUCGGCGCUGCUGCGGGAUUCCGGCUGUGACGUGCUGGAGGAGGCAUUUCCUGGCCACCCCGCAACAACAGCAACAACAACAGCAGCAACAACAGCAACAACAGCCGCAGCACAGGCAGCAACCGCAUCGGCCUGUGCACCGCAGAAGCGCGACCAGUGGUUUGUGCUGCACGUCGCUUCCUCGCACAUCACCGUGGUAGAUGCGCCCAUGCGUGCGCUCUCCUCUGUCACGGACACCAUCCAGGAGGCUGUGGACCACUUGGCCGAGCAGACAGCGACGGCAGAUGUGCAAGUGUUGCAUCGCACGCAUGAGCCGUCGAUUGACGUGUUUGAUGUGGAGCACCUUGGCCGUGUUGGGCGCACGCUUCACCCGGCCCACAAGUUGCUGGUGCCGUUGCAGACUGCACUGGGCCGCCGUGGGUGGUUGUGCCAUGCCGUCCCCUCCCUGCUCAAGGGCGUGGAGGAGGAGACAUGCUACCUCUUCACCCCGCCCGCGUGA